AUGAACCUUCUCCAGGUAGUGGUUCCAGCGCCCAGACGCUCAAAACGUAUUGCAGCGCGGAAUGCCAGAGACGCAGCUAAAAAGCUGGCGGAGAAGACCGACAAUGUCCACGAGGAGAAACAAGCGGCAAAAGCCGUCGUGAAGCCCCCUAAAACCUAUGUCAUCACUGUGGACUGGUAUGAAGGGAGCUUACGUGCGCGAGGGGGUGUUGGUUCGCUAAGAACUAACUGGAAAGGUCUACCAAAGCGCCAUUUUAUCGUGGAGGUGCCCAAGGAGAUGGGAGGAGAUUUUGAAGCUGCGCGCAAACUGAAGGGAGCCGCAAGGAGUGAGGCGUUGAUGGGGAUUUUCCGUCGCAUUGAAGGUGGUGAUUGCGACCUCCUUGAUCAGUACCUUCGUGGGGGUAUCAUAGAUUUUGAUUCCUGA